UUUAAGAGAAAUAAAUAUAAAUAUAGGUAUUUAUGGGCUUCCCUGGUGGCUCAGCUGGUGAAGAAUGCGGCCUGCAAGGUGGGAUACCUGGGUUCGAUCCCUGGGUUGGGAAGGUCCCCUGGAGAAGGGAAAGGCUUUCUGGCCUGGAGAAUUCCAUGGAAGAAGUCCAUGGGGUUGCAAAGAGUCGAACACAACUGAGCAACUUUCACGUCACUUCACUCAUGGGUAUUUAUCAUGUUAGCAUCAUUUUAGCUGAAGGAAGAAGUGAAGUGUGGGUACAUUAUUUUUUUAAUACUACGGGGGGGAAAUGAGUUAACGCUUUCAACCUGGCCGUCAUAAAGCAAAGCAAAGGAAGUUGCAGUCAUCCAGGAUUCAGUGACAGAUUGUGGGCGCGGAUGAAAAGCGCGGUGGGGAAAGCGGGGAGCGCGCGGCUCGCACACAAAGGCGAGGAGUUCCCAGGCCUCCCGCGGCCCUGCCCGGGGACACCGCAGCGGCGCGCCAGCGGCCCGGCCCCUCUGCUGGAGGCUGGGAGAAGUUAGUCACCCGAAACCCUAGCCUAGCGGGCAUCCGAACGCGACAGCGAAGAGUCUGGGGAAUGUGGAGGGAGGAGAUUGGUACCGGGAGCGCGGGGCGAGGGGGUGCACGGGAAGCCGAAAGCCCGUGGCUGGUGGAUGCUGCUGCAAGGUCUGCGAGGCCGGCGCGCACCGGCGUGCAAAGAGACGGGGGGAAAACUUGCGGCAGGAACUUCCUACCGAGGCAAAGAAAAGCAGGCGAGAAGGAGGCAGGGAGAGACUUAAAACGUCUCAGUAACUUGAAAAGCACACCCAAAACACCCCUUCUGGAGAUGAGGAUGGCAUGCCGCUAUAAAUUCAUUGUUCCACCUCCUCGCAUCUUCACAGCGCUCGCGCUGCUCUCGGCACUCGCAGCGGCAGACUGGGGAUGACGGCGGGCAGGAAGACACCGCAUCCGAAGGGACCCAGACGCGCCGCUUCGCUGGCUCGCCGCAGGCCGCCCCUGGCAUUUUUGUUUUAAUUUUUCUGCCUUUUUUUUCCCUCUUCUUCUUCCCUUCCGGCCGGUUCCAGUAGAGUCAAGGAGACCCCCCAAAUAAGAGAGGAAGCCGGCUCCGGAGCUGGGAACCCCGCGACCGGCGGGUCGGGAGCAGCAAGGAGCCUGGAGGAAAGCAUGCACCAGUCACCAGCCUGGUGCGCGGCACCUUCCUGACUUUUUUUGGUGCCCCGAUCCUGGCUGAGUUGGGUUCCCCCCCUCCGCCCCUUUUCUAGUACUUGCUGAAUCUCGGCAACCCGGCUUUUUUGUGUGUGUGUGUCUUCCCCCCCCCCCCACCGCCCCCCCUUUUCUUUCUUUCCUCCUCUUUUCGGAGCCCGAAUCCAAACAUUUUCCAAAGCAACAAAGAAAAGUUCGCACGCUGGCAUCGCGGCCGGGACAGGCUGGCGCUGCUACCGGGUUCCCCCUCCCUCCGACACUAGAUUCAACCUUGCAAGCAAGUGUAUGUGUGUCCCCACCUCCCGCACGGGUAACUUCCAGAGCGAAUAACAAAUAACCCACCAAGUCCCCGCCGGCGCGCAGCCCCUCCCCGCGGGCAGCGCA